GACUCUGCAGCACUAGAGAAGAAAACAGCCCGGAAGCGGCGGCGCAGCGGUGAAAUAGGAAGUGUAAAAUGGAGGCAGCCGUGUUCAUCUUUUCACUCGUCGACUGCUGCGCUUUAAUAUUCCUCUCCGUGUACUUCAUUAUUACUCUGUCUGAUCUGGAAUGUGACUACAUCAACGCUCGAGCUUGCUGUUCAAAGUUAAACAAAUGGGUGAUACCUGAGAUGAUCGGUCAGGCUCUGGCCACAGUGUUAAUGCUGGUGUCCAUGCACUGGUUUGUGUUCCUACUCAACCUUCCGGUGGCGUCAUGGAAUGUGUACAGAUACGUGAAGGUUCCGAUGGGGAACAUGGGGGUGUAUGAUCCCACAGAGAUUCAUAACAGAGGCCAGUUGAAGUCCCAUAUGAAGGAAGCCAUGAUCAAACUGGGCUUCCACCUUCUCUGCUUCUUCAUCUACCUGUACAGCAUGAUCCUGGCACUGAUCAACGAUUGACCCACAGCAGUCUUCAAGAACAAACUGCCAAAUCAUAAACUGGCUUUUAUGCUUUGUAAAACUAAAUUCAUCCACCCCAAACAGAAGAUGUGCUCCAUCAUCACUAUUCUACGAACAGAAAAACACAACCCACAUCUGUUGACCACAAACCAUGAUGAAGCGUGAGACGGAUGUCAUUUGGCUCCUGUUUACAUGUGUAUGUUUUAUUUGUGUUGGACUGAGUGAUAUUGAGCUGCUUCUCAGAGCAGAAGCAUCAAGACAAUCGCACUGACUCAUUGGACCUCUGUUUGGCAAGUUUUAGAGCGCAAACAUGGCACUCACAGGUGAAUCUCACGCCACAUUUCACCCUGAAGUCAAAGAAAAAAUAAGAGAUUAUAUUUGCUUACAGAAAAUAAUGCCUGUUUUAACACCAUUAAGAAUUUCUGCAUUGUGACAACUAAGCAUAUAAUUCCCCUUAUUCUCAAUGUUUUUCUUUUAUUCAUAUCAGCAUUAAACGGAUACUAUCUUAAUGCAUAAAUACUUAACUCUUCAUUUUUUUGCAUUAUAAUAUUAUGAAUGUAUGAAAUAAUGUUGUAAUAAUUCUAAAAUAGGCUUUAUUUUCUCUAAGCAAAUAUAGAGAUUUUCAGAAAAAAAGUCUCGAUCUUGACCCCUGCAUGUAUUUUUGAAACAUUUGUGUAUGUUUAAUUGUUUGCAGUUUAAUGGAGCGUGACUCAGAGGACAACUAGAAUAACCAUUAUGAGAAUAAGAUGAUACUCUCAUAACAUCAUCUGUUAUAACAGCUAUCACCGAUUCUAUUUAACUUACUAGUUAUGGGUCAUUUCAAUGGCAUGUUUUUGUUUUCAGAGCGUUUUUACCUCGUAAAAAAAAAACAUGUCAGAUUUUUAUCAAACCAGUCAACCUGAUAUUUGCUCAUUUGGAAGUGAAAUUUCAUCCUUAUAUCUUGAAUCUUACAAAAGCUAUCAAGAACAUGUCCAGAUCAUAAUUGGCCCCCAAUUAAAAAUCAAACGAAAGAAAUAAUGAAUUUUAUUUUACAUGGAUCCUGUUCUAAGGCCACUAAGAUUUUUGAAUUUCCAUUAUUUUCAUGACAGUUUCGCAGUUUUUAUAAUAUUCUCAGACAUGGGUGUGUAAUAACAGGUUUUAUCCGAAUACUCCGUUCUCCUGGUUAUAUAAAACAACAAUACAUCGCUGUAGUGAUGGGUCCAGCCAAAUAGUGCGUCACAUGAUCUUAAUUCAGUUUUAUUGAACAGUGUUGUCCUGGAUUGGGACAGAUGUGUAUAUUUUGCUGUCUUUCAAUAAUUCAGUGGCAGAUACUGUAAGAAUAGGUGCUGCCCUUACCUUUGUGUCAUUAUAAUACUGUCAUCUGAGAGGGUUUGAUUUUUAAGCAUGUAGUAUUAAGUGUCAUCCGUCAUGUUUUUUUUUUCUUUUCUCUUUUUGCAUUUUUUUGGCAUUUGUGGGUUUUCUUAAAUAAAAGAUGAUCAUAAACAAGUUCUCACCAUU